ACGUUGUUUAGGCUCAGUUGGCACCAUGAUCUUGACCACUACAUUCGUCUGUUUCUGCCUGGCUUCGGCCUUCAACUAUUUCAGGACCCGCCGGCAGAGAUCGCUGAUCAAAAAUCUGAAAGGACCCUUUACCUGGCCGCUGAUGGGAGCAAUGCACAAGUUGCUAUUUCUGACGCCGAAAAAUUUCUUCCAGCGCAGCACCGAAUACCUCACCAAAUAUGGUACCUUGAGUCGUUGUUGGGUCUUCCAUCGCCUUUUCAUUCCUCUGGCAGAUCUAGAGCUCAGCAGACAGCUUCUGGAAAAUGACACUCAUUUGGAGACGGGAUAUGAGCUGAUGAAAGAUUGGCUGGUUGGAGGUGUUCUCAUGUGUCAGUCAGAACAAUGGCAAAAGCGACAUGGUCUUAUUAGUGGUCUCUUCGACAAGGGAAACGUGGAACGGUUGAUAGAUUUAAGUCACCACCAGGCGGAGCAGCUGCUCCAAAAAUUAGCGGAACAGGCGGAUCAAAAGGUGUUUGAUAUCUGGAAUAUUGUGAGUCCUAUUGUUUUGGAUCUAAUGGUAAUGACCACCUGAGGGGCCAAACCAAGUGAGGAGUAUUCCAAGAAUCUUAAGGAUUUAUCAGAGCUCUAUAGAAAACGUUUUCUGAGCCUACAGUCUGCAAACAGAUUUAAUUAUUGGUUGAGUUCUCCUUUUAUGAGAAAACGUCAGAAUCGAUUAAUAAAAAGACUGAAUGAAGAACACAUGAAUCUCAUGGCCAGCCACCAAAGUCAAAAGCAAUUGAAAGUUGGGGAUGGUUUGGACAUGUAUCAGUUCAGGCCAAUGACUUUAAAGAACCAUGAAUCCUUAUUGGAAAUUCUACUGGAAAGUAAAGAUCCCCAACUUACAGGAGAAGAAAUCUGUGGAGAGAUUAAUACCUGUAAUUAUCUCGGGUACCUGCUCUGCAGUUCAGCUCUCUGUUUCUGCCUCGUAACAAUUGCUAGAAAUCCAUCGGUUCAACAAAAGUGUUUGGAGGAGUUAAAUUUGGCUCAGAUCAAGAAUCAAGGAUGGGACCUGGGAAAGCUACCUUAUCUGGAAGCUGUUCUGCAAGAAACUAUGCGACUUUACCCACCACAAGUGAUUGUUGGGAGGCAACUCAAGAAGGAUUUUCCAUACACACAUAGCAUCGUGGGAGAUGCAGAACUUCCCUUCGGUUCAGAGAUCUAUAUUAAUCUAUAUGAACUGCAGCGCAAUGAGGAACGAUAUCCAAAAGCAAACCAUUUUGAUGCGCAGCGAUUUUUGGACUCUCCUCCGGAACUUCUGAGCUAUUGUCUUGGUCCUCGUUGUUGUCCGGCGAAAAAGUUUAGCAUGCAGCUACUUAAAACAUUGUUGGCUCCUAUUUUGGCCAACUUUGAACUUUUACCCUAUGGCGAUGAGGUGCGCUUGGAUUUGCAACUUGUUUUGGGAUCAUCCAAUGGAUUUCAGUUGGCAUUAAAGCCACGUUAGAUUUUUAGAAAUGUACAAAAAUUCAUGGAUAUAAAGCCUAUU